AUGGCUACGCCCACAGUUUCAACCUUCGUUGGUUAUGUGAUCCUGCAGCCCAUCAUCGUGGGGAUGAGCACUGCUGUGCUCUCUUCCUUCUUGUCCUACGAAAUCGCUGGACAGGUUGACUGGAGGCCGAUCACCGUAUGCUCGACAUGUGACAUUCUUACUGGCAGUUUUGACCACCUGAAAGAUCAAGAAGUUGUCAUCGGUGCCCUGGAUGCGGCUGCCACGAGGCGCUUUACCCCCCUGCUCCGCCUUGCUCGUAUUUUUCUGGCGUUAAAUGCGUCGCUGCUUGUUAUGGCUUUAUGUCGAAGUCCAUCAGAAGUGACAUUCAUCACCGUGGUUUUUACUGCCCCCGCUUUCCUGUGGGCGACGCCGCUUGAUCUUCAGCGGAUCGGCAGGUUAUUGAGGAAAUUCAUACGGGAAAAUUAUGAUCAAGAAGUGGAAUAUGAUUCACCCAGAUCUAAGGAACCAUUCAUCAUCAAACGAAUUCCUGGCGUGAAAGCUAUAUUGGAUGGUAUCAUUCUGAGUUGUAUGCCUUUCUUCGUCGUCCACUCAGCACUCCAGCUAUCAUGGCAAUCAGCCUAUAACACACCCCCAUGGAUGGUCAAUCGCAUUUGUCAUUGUAUUAUGGCCGAUGUACGUGACUAUGACGAGGACAAGAAGACUGGAGUCCCGACCAUACCCAUUCUUCUAGGGUCUCCCCUUAAGACCCGAGUAGUCUUGACUGCCGUUCAAGCAGUUAUGAUGGCCUUCCUCCAUAAUCCAUUCAUUGUAGGGAGUUCCUGCUUCGCAAUUGCUCUUGUUUGGAUUCUAGGGAAAGAUUCUCCGAAAGCUUACUUCCGUUUCAGUCUUCACUCACAGUCGAUAUUCAUUAUCAUGUACGCUAUUAUGUUCGUUUUGCUCUAG